AUGAUACCACGCCCAAACCUCCUUUACUUACAUCUCUACAUCGACGAACUAAACCAUCCAAUCCCACUUCUUGAUGCUGAUGCUAACGGUGGGAGAAGAUUAGACGAGAUUGAAUAUCAGCCUCCAACACCCCCUGUACGGGAUAUUGUGGGCGGGGCUGGCUCGUUUGCUGCUAUCGGUGCUCGCAUUGCAGCUGGCAAGGAUCAUUCCCGCUCUGUUGGCUGGAUCGUGGAUAUGGGCUACGAUUUUCCCGAGCAUGUCAGAAGCCUGAUUGCAAGCUGGGAGACACAUUGUGUAUUUCGGGAGGAUAUGAACAGGCAAACCACGAAAGGGUGGAAUGGCUAUGAAGUUAAUGAGAAGAGAGUAUUCAAGUAUCUCACUCCUAAGAUACAGAUUGUUCCCGAGACACUCACUGAGGAGCUUGUGCUUUCAAAUACCUUUCAUAUGUCCUGCUCUGCAGACAGGUGCUAUAAUAUAGUACAGGGGGUACUGAAAAGACGCCAUGAGCUCAGUGAGAAGUACAAGGUAACUCUACGCCGCCCAAUAUUCGUCUGGGAGCCUUUCCCGGACUCUUGCCGCCCGGAAGAACUUCCAAGGUUCUACGAGGUGAUUCGUCACGUAGAUGUGGUGAGCCCGAACGAUCAUGAGAUGGGAAGUUACUUUAGCAAUGAAUCAUGGGGUUUCGAUAACCCCAGGGACCAGGAGAUAUGCAGAUCUAUUGUCCGUUCAGGUAUAGGUAUAGAUGGGAAGGGGGUACUAGUUGUUCGAGCAGGACGGGACGGCUGCUAUGCCUUUUCUCAGGACGACCAGCUAGCGUUGCCUGCAUUCCUGGACUCGAAGGCAGUAGAUCCCACAGGUGCCGGCAACUCGUUCCUAGGAGCCCUUUGUCAGGUCCUUGCAGGAUCUAACCGCACACCUAUCGAUGCUGCCCGUGAGAUUAUGGAUCAAUCUGGAGACUGGAAAGGAAUCUGCGCUGCAUGGGAUGAUAGGGGGAAUAUUCUAGCUGGAUUGAUAUGUGCCACUGUUGCAGCAAGCUAUAUAAUCGAGCAAAUAGGCGUUCCAGUCCUUUCCUUCUCGCCUCAAGGGGAGGAAUUCUGGAACGGGACAAGCUAUGUCGAGCGAGUCCGUCAGUACACUAAGCAUCUUGUCGACAGACACGGAACCCUCAAGAGACAAAAGCUUGGAAUGGAUCAAUGA